CAACUGUAAUAACACGGUAAAAGUUGUUUGUUUUUUUAUUAAAUUACAUUGUUGUGUGUAUAAAUGUUGUAGUGUUAAUUAAAAUGUCACUGCUUGAAGCAAUCCCUAGUCAAAUUAUACAUAUAUUUGUAUAAUACUGUAUUGAAAGUAGAAAGAGAGCAACAGAGAGAAUAGAGGCGCAAGAAUAGAACUGGGUUUGGCAAGCGUGGUGAUUUUACACCUACCUUCUAACCGGACCGUGGCCGAUUGUAUUGUAUUCGUUUCACGAUACGUAUCAUGCUUGGCCCAGGUGGUUUCCCUAAAAAAAGUGAAUUUCUGUUUUACAUACUGUUACAACAUUUCAUCGUUGCUGUGACAAAGUCAUUAAACAGCAUUUCCUACAAUCGAAGCUAGUUUCCAAUAUAUCGUAGAUAUCAGAAACAUGAGAUUACGAAAAACGGUGAUUCGUGUGUCGUAAAAUUAGAACGUGUUACGAUUUAAUAGAUCUUUCUCUUUUUAUUAAUCAUGCAAUGGUUUAAGAACUCAUAAAUUUUUAAGAAUGACUUAAAUAGAUCACGAUCAUCAUUGAAAAGUUUCAAUGCGCAAUGCUGGAUAUUAUAUUAUGCUGGAUAUGUUGGCUGUUUUGGGCGGGUCUACCGACUCUUACAGCCUAUCCUGUAUCAUCUUCGAUAAAAACAGAUUUGUCACACAUCUAUACAUCAUCAAAAUGGGAACGAUACUGGAUACAAUAUACACUUGGUCUCUUAAGCAUAACUGCGACAGCAUUUACUUUAGUUGGAUGUCUGUGUUGUCGAAGACCUAGACGACCUAAAGGAUUUCAGGACAAAGCAGAAAAAUGCAACCAGGAAUUCAAAGAUGGAAACAAUAUUGGACAAGAGUCAGUAUUUGAGAACUCUGUUGAUGGUUUAGAGUUAGAUGUUCCAAGAAUGUUGGCUGUUGCAGACAGAGUACAGUUUGAACCAUUACCCGUAGAGCAUAUUAUAUCUGGCUCUAAGAAUUCUUCAAAACCUAAACCAUUACCAUUAUCAACAUCUUUUUUUGAAAAACAUGAUUCUCACUCUAACGCUCUCCCGGAACAUUGUCAUGAAUGGUUUAACACGCAAGAAUUAAGUGUACCUAGAGAAAAAUUAAAGUAUUUGAGAGAAAUUGGACAUGGUUGGUUUGGAAAAGUUGUUGAAGGUCGUGCAGAUUUGGAAGGACAUAAAAGAGCUUCUAAAAAUGGCGGUGUUGUUGUCAGAAUUCUUACAGAAGAAGCUACUACAAAAGAAAAAGCUUGGUUUCUUGGCGAAGCUACACCAUAUUUAAAACUACAUCAUCAAAAUAUUUUAACCCUACUGGGUUUCUGUUUAGAAACUGAUCCAUACCUACUAUUAUUUGAAUCGUGUCCAGCAGGUGACGUGAAAGGAUUCUUGUUAUCAAACCGUGAUAAAAAAUCUCAAGAAGCACUUAUUAAAGAAAAUAUUCCAAUUCGAAUAGCACUAGAUAUUGUUGCUGGCUUGAAACACAUGCACAGUCAUGGAUUUGUACAUACAGAUUUAUCUGCCAGAAAUUGUUUAGUAGCAUCAGAUUUAUCAGCAAAGUUAGGAGAUUAUGGAACUGGUGUAGAAAAAUAUCCAGAAGAUUAUUAUGUGGUUGGAGAUCGUGCAUUACCUAUCAGAUGGUCAGCACCAGAAAGUGUAGAAUGUACUGAUACUACUAUUGAAACAAGGGAAAUUACAUUUCAAGCAAAUAUGUGGAGUUAUGCAAUUUUUCUUUGGGAAAUCGCUACAUGGGGAAACAGGCCAUAUCAUAAUAAGAGUGAUGAACAAGUAAUUCAGAUGCUGUUAUCUUUAAGAACUGAUCUUUUAUCAAAUGGUAUACAAGUGUUGCAAACCUACCUAGACAACUGUCCAUCAAACAUAUAUCAAGCAAUUCAUUUAUGUUUGAAUUUAAAUCCACAGAAAAGACCGAAUUUGGAUGAGGUGAGGCAAUUUCUUCUAAAUGAACAUACAGAAUAUCUGGACUUUGAACAAAGAUGGGAAAGUUUACGAAUUAAUGCAACUAAACACGUCCGAAGUGCUAGCUUACAGGAUCUUCGAGGAAGUAUCGAUUCAGAUUACUGGACUACAAUCGUCGAUGACACACCACGACAAUCAUCAUUUCGUCUUGGACCAGGUGAAUUAGUAAAAAAUGUUCCGAAUGUUAAAAAUAUUGUUCAGCAUGAAUCCAGUUCUGAAACUGAAGAAGAAAGUUGGAAAGGUCGAAUUGAGCAAGGAGUUUAUUCGGAAAAAGUAAAACAGAAAUCCAAAUCUGUCACUGAUUUAAUGGUACUUGUACAUAUCGAUUUCGAUUCUGACACUGAAUUAUCAAUGGGAACUCAAAUAUCAGAAAAAUAUGGGAAGAAAAAAUUACCUGCUACAGGUAGUGAUAGUGAUCUCAGACAUAGUAGCCAUACUGAUGAAUUUGACGAAGCAUUAAGAAAAUUACGAGAUCCUUUUCCAAAUAAUACUGAUAAAAUUAAGACAUUAGACAAUUCAGAAAGGCCAAAAUUAUUAACAUUAACUAUGGAUCAAGGUCAGACGCCAAUUUUAAGAUUAUCGUUAGAUGAUAAAGAAUCUACCACAAACAUUGAUACUACACCGGUUGCAAAUAUAAAUACAGAAACACGUAAUGAGAAACAUGUAUUAAGACUUCUAUCAAAAGGAGAACCUAAUCUUCCUCUUCUUCGUUAUGUACCUGAUGAUAGAUCAUUUGAAGAAUUGAAACAAAAUAAUGAGUCCCAGUGUCAUGAUGUAUCUAAACAUGAAAAUAAUAAUAAUAAUACUUGUUUUUCUAAUAAUUUUUCGAUUAAUUUUGAAACCGAUGAAAAUAACUUAGUUGAUGUAGUACUUUGGAAUCACGCAUUGGAUUCUGCUUUGGAAAAGAAAGUACCUGGUUUCUUGGAUGAAGGCGAAUUUACUGAAUAUGCAGAAUCUUCAUCUAAAAAACAAAAUAAUAGUAUGGAUCUGAUGGUAACUGCUGCAUCUACACCAGAUACACCACAGUUUACAAAAUGUUCUGGAUAUAAUGUAAAUGAUGAAUUCUCCAACGGAGAUGACACGGACAUAGAACGAAAAUGUUUACCAAAUGAAGCUGAAGAAGAAAGGAAACAAUUAUCUACUCCUGAUGACGAGCAAAGUUCUGAUUCUGGAUUUAGAGAUAAAGAAUCUUGUGAAGAAGAAGAGAAUGUUUGCACUUCGGUUCCUUCCACUUCAGCAGAUUCUGUAGUAAAUGUACCAACAUGUACAGAAGAAGAACAGUUACAGAUUUUAUUUGAGCUUGAUACUAUUCUUGAUGCUGAGUAUUAUUCAACGCUACAUACGUCUGAAAAAACCACAGAAAACUUACCUUCAAUUAAUCAUACAGAAAACAAACUACUUCCUAUACAUAUAGAUGAAUCUGAAAGAGAAAAUAAUGAAAGUUCUACUAAUGUCAAUUUAGAAGAAAUCAAUAAAAACGAAGAAAAAACUGAAUUAAUAGAACCAAAUAAUUCUAAGUCUGUUUUUCAACAAAUACAAAAUAAUUCACCUGUAAGGAUAAACUACUCCAAUCAAGAAUUAGAACGACCUUUAUCAAAUGAACAUAAAAAUGAAGACGAACAUGAAAAAAACGUACAUGAGAAUGAAGUUGAAGACGAAGAUAGUUCUACGAUGAGUUUACGAAGCGAUAAUUCUUAUGUAUCAUUUGAUAUAGAAGAAGAAUUUGUAACAGCAAUUCGAAAUGAGCUUAGAGAGAAAUUGCCCUGUGCUCAAAUGUCAGUUGUGGAGCCUUUAGAAACACAUGAUGAUGAUAAUCCUAUAUCUAAUGAUAUAAGCAAUAAAUGGGAUGACGAUGAUAAUGAAGAUUCUUCUAAUCAAGGCAGUGGAGGAGUGGGUAUUUCAAUAAGGUAUAAUGUGUAUGGUACUCCACUUAGUCCAAUACAAGAGGAACGCGAAAGCACUCUUACUUCAGAAUCAUUGAUAUCGAAUUCUAGAGAUGUAUCAAUUGCUUCAAAAGAAUCCAUUGGGUCAGACGAUAUAUUAUUAAUCGAUACGCGAACCAAUAAAAUGAUUUUAUUUGAGGGAUUGGAAGAGAAAUUACAGGAUGACGAAAGAGAUACAACUAAUGAGGAUCUUUCUGAAGAAGAAAAUUUGGAUUAUAAUUGUUCAAUAGUUCGUUCUCGUGAUGAUAAAUCGCAUAUCAUGAUUGCUAGUGGAGGAGCACCUUUACCAAGUCCUGAAGAAGAAUCUAAAUGGCAACAGCUACCUCCGUCUUUCCCAUUACCACUGCCUUUACCAUUAGAGGAUAAUCUAAUGUCGACAAGUUUUGGAACAGAGCAUGAGUGGGGUAGUCAGGAUGAAGAUGAAGAAGAGGAAGAAGGCGAGGAUAAUAGUUCUAGCUCCGGAGAAUUUGUUUGGAAGCGGUACAAUGAGCCACAUAUUGAACAAAGUCAAAUUGGAAAGAAUUUAAGUGAUAAUGAAGAAGCAGUAGUAAAUGAUAUUGACGAUGAGAUAGAUGAAGAAGAGGAAAAAGAAGAAAACGAGGAAGAAGCAGAUGGCGAAGAGGAAGAGGAAGAAGAAGAAGAAUUUACACCAUCUGCUUGGAAUGCAACGUUAGCCCCUCAUCGUUCAGCAUUAAGAUCUCCUGAUAAAACGUUAAAAUCUAAUGAGGAAUUGGAUCAGAAGAAAAGUGUAUGGUUCAAAAAACAACGAUAUCAUUGUGUGUAUGAAUAUCCGAAAGAAACAUUAACUACAGAGGCUCAAGGAGAGUCAACUACUACAUGGGAGCCAACUUCCUACAGCGAUUGGGAAGAAAUGAUAGAUGAACCACGCUUAGAUCUAUAUCCUUUAGACUAUGACGAUGUUAAUCAGACUGGAAAUGAAGAAUUUUUUGUGAGCAGUUCAAAUCGUCCAUUUCAGUUUCAAGCUAGUGACAGUAAAUAUGUAAGUCAAUUCUUUCCUGGUGCUUCUACAUCAAUGAACGAAGAACAAGAUGAAGUAGACGGUAAUCGACUAGAAGUACAAGAAAAUAAAUUAGAAUUAUUAAACGAUUGUAAUUAUAGUCAACAACAUCAAUUAGGAGAAUUAAGACAUACUAGAAACCGUUUAAAAUUAAAUUUAUCUACAAAUGGCGCACCUUUUGUUUCCAUAAAACAAUUAAAGGAAGAUGAUAUGGAACGAUUAGGCGAUAAAGAAAAGGAAUCAGACUCGUCGCAAACUAUAAACUCCACACAUGACCAACACAUUUUGUCAAACUCCUUAAAUCAUAAUAUUUUACCAAUGGUGCCUCCUGAUGAUCUUCAAGAAGAAAAAGGUUUUGAUCCGAUUUCCGCAAAAAGUGCCGAGUGUGAUAGUCAAGAAAAAAUCGAGCCUACAAGUACAGUGUUUUGACUCACGACUAACACAUUUUGAAGUCGAUAGUAAAAUUUUAAGAAAUAAUUUAGCUGAAGUCCGUCCGAAAUAAUUUCGUUGCAAAAGUAUAGUAAUUACUCUAUUCACUGAGAUCAUUAUUAAAUGAAUCUCUAAUUAUUGUACAUAAGAUGUAGCAAAUUUUUAUUGUGGCUAAGAUUUGAUCGAUUGUCUAUAGCAUUAUAUUAAACUGUAUAAUUUUGAUUUGUUAUAUAGAAAUGCAUUCAUAUACAUAGAGCUGAUAGUGACGUAAUUUUUUAUACAAUUAGCUUCAAGUGAUAAAAAAAAUAUAAAUAUUAAUUGUUAAUUGACUCAGAUAGCAGACAAUCGAUUUGCAAAGGCUACAUUAAAACUAUCGAGUAAUUUCAUUUCACAUGUAAAUAAUUAUCAAACAUCGUUCAAUUACGGUCAGAGGAGUAUCAUUCGCAUAAGUUAAUGUAAUUAUUUGAUCAACAACGUAUGCUAAUUAUUCAUACUAAUUUUUCGAUUAUUGUUACCUUUAAAUACGAUAUUUUUUUUACAUUAUAUUGAAAUUGUAUUAGUAGAAAACAGCUCUCUACUCUAAAAGUAUUAUGUAGUAUCAAAAAACUAUCUCAACUUUUAGUUUAAAAGCAGUGUAUAAUAACUUAUACACGGAUGAUUUUAUAAAUGUAUUAUUUGUUAUUCUUACUAGAACUGUGAUGAUGGGCACAAUUUGUGCACUUUUAUUUCUGUUAAUUGGUAAAUCGAGAUAAUAAAAUUCCAAAUAAAGUAGCAUAAGAAACGCUACUGUACUUUACUGCA